AUGUCCGCUCCACGCCCUCCGAGAACGCGCUCGACAAGCGAAGUCGCCCAGGAACCACCAGCUCUCCCUCAGCAGCCUCCUCGCCGCCCGCCUCUACAAAAUCGAUCCUAUUCGGCACCCUCGUGGGACUCUUAUCCCGGCAUUCGACCCCAAGGCCAUGGCCUAGUAGAAGCACCUGUUAUUGAAGAGAACGAGAUGGCGCCGGCCAGUGUAGCCAAGGCAGAAAACAAUAAUGGUUCAACAAACGGCUUAAGUGAGCCUACUGCUACACCAAAACCUCGACUUCCCCAAGUCAAUUUGGCCAUUGUGGGUGCACAAGGCGUGGGCAAGUCCACGUUUGUGCAGCGCGCAUUGGACCUCAAACAGCCUCCCAUAUCACGCUCCUCAGUGAAGAAGAUGUCCCUGGACGGAACCAUCUAUCUUGUACGACUGCUGGAAAUCGCGAGCCACAAACUCUCGUUUGACGAAAACGGUCAGAUCGUUUGGCCCAAAUUUAUUGGAGAACAGGAAUUGCCCAUCAUUGACGGUGUCCUCGUUCUGUUUGAUUCAUAUGAUCCGAGGAGCGUAGCCCAGUUUCCUCGAAUAUUUAGUGCACUGCCCAAAGCUACAAUCCCAUUGAUUGUCGUGGCGUGUAGAUGCGAGGGCCAAGUUCCAUCUUCCCGGAUAGACCCUGCAACUUACGACCAGGCGCGCCGAGUGCUCGGCGGCAUCGAGAUUCAUCAAACGUAUUCUGAGGCUCCAGACUCACAGAAGAAAUGCAUUUCCAACAUCCUCAGGGCUAUAAUAGCUCGAACGGCUGAUGCAGCUAGUCUACAACCCUCCCCAAUUCCUCUAACACACCCUACCUCAUCCACUCGAACCUCCUCGCGGCAUCCGGUUCCUUCCCAAAGCCGACAGCAUAUUCGCGCUAGCUCUGAAAAUCCAAAAUCCAACUUGGCCAAUCCGACCUCCGCUGAGUAUAACAACUUUCGAACACAGAACCCCAUACCCGAUUCAAACCUGGCGUCCAAUGCUCAAGGAUCGAGAAAUGUCCGAAGUAAUUCGCAGCCUGUGCCUCCUAGAACUCCUCCUGGAAACCGGUUGAACCGAGGGGAAACUCUAGGCUCAAGCACCGUCCCCGAGGAAAUUGCAUCCAAUAAGGGCCCAUAUCAACGAUUGCAGAAUUCGUGGCGGCAUAGUGGUAGCUCGGACGCUUUCAGCAGCUUCUUGGAUAUGGAGGACGACGGUGACGAUUCGAAAGGGUCUAAUCCUCCUUCCAGCCCUGAUACUACUGGCAAAGACAAACCAAUCGACCCAGGCUUGACUUUCGAUGAGCUUGUGGAUCGUCUUUUAGCACCACCCAUGUCAAAGCAAGACGCCAAAUUUGCCAGCAUCUUCCUGUGCCUCUAUCGAAAAUUCGCCACUCCAGCUAAGCUCCUCUCCGCUUUACUCACUCGUUUCGAAAAUAUUGGAUCAGGACCGUCUCCGUUGUUGAUGCGGCAUGCAGACCACUUAAGACUGCUCAAUAUCAUGUCUCAAUGGGUAUCAGAAUACCCUGGCGAUUUUGCUGGCUCGAAAACCCGAAAGCGCUUGACAGAUUUCAUAGUCUCGCUGGAGAAACACUUUGUUUUUGCCUUUGCGGCAAAGGAGAUGAACUCUUUUCUCGAAAAGUUUGUGGAGGAUGAUGAUUUAGGGUGGGCGUAUGAAGAUGAUGAUAACGCUUCUGAAAGCGUCGAAACAUUUCUAGACACAUCUGUGCAAAGCUCGCCAGCAACUUUCGUUGCGCGAUCCUCCGACGAGAACAUGAGCAGCAUGAGCGCGUUGGACUUAAAUGAUGAAAAUCAGGAACUUGCCUCAAACUUUUCCAAUCUUUCAACUACAUCGAGCGUUUAUAGAUCUGGCAGCAUAUCCAGUCAAUCAUUCUUGACCUUACUAAGUGUGGAGUCUGCCCAACAAGAAGCCCAACGGUUGGAAUUAAACCCGAAAAAUCUUCUCUCGAAGGAACAAUGGAAAGCUUUCAUGGAGAUACCUGAAGAUGAAUUCGCGCGCGAGGUGACGCGCAUCGACUGGGUCAUGUUUAGCUCGUUUAGGCCACGGGAACUCGUCCGCCACGUGAGCAUAUCUGCAGACGACAGGGCUUCAGCGAAGGGUUUGUGUAACGUCAACAGGAUGAUUGACCAGUUCAAUCACUUGGCGUUAUUCGUCGCAAGCAUGGUCUUGUUGCGAGACAAACCUAAACAUCGGGCAGAGGCAUUAGAAAAAUUCAUGAAUAUCGCAAUGAAAUUGCGUCAAUUGAAUAAUUACAACUCACUUGGAGCCGUUAUCGCAGGACUCAACGGAACCCCUGUCUUCCGACUGUCACAAACUAGGGAGCUAGUAUCCCCAGGGGUUCAGAAACAAUUCAUGAGUCUAGUUAUCCUCAUGGGCACACAAAAGAGCCACUUCGCCUACCGCCUGGCUUGGGAGAACUCGUUUGCAGAAAAGAUCCCGUUUCUGCCCCUUCAUCGACGUGAUCUUGUGUCGGCGGAGGAAGGCAACAAGACCUUUAUCGGCCCGAAUAAUGAUCGCAUCAACUGGCGCAAAUUUGAGAUCAUGGGCGAGGUUGUUUUGGGCAUACACAAUAGCCAAAGAACACCUUUCCCUUGUUACCCGAAAAGCGAAGAUGUUCAGCGUCUUAUUCUCGACACUAAAUUUUCUGGAGAUCAGGAUGAGCUUUACAACCGCAGCAUGCAAGUUGAGCCAUCCUCAGGAGUCGAGCCACCCCGUAAAAGAUUCGGGUGGCGUCGCGCUUGA